UCUCAUUCAUUCAUUCAUUUCAUUAUUCGGUGACACACCUUAUCUCUCUCUCUCUGUUCUAUUCUUCUUUAACUUUUCAUUUCACACAAAAAGCUAAAUCAAUACAACCACCACUCACUCUUCCCAUCUAAAUCAAAUCAACCUUACUUUUCUAUUCAUCUCCAAUCAUAUAAUAUACAUAGCAUAAGAUUAAGAUUAAGAUAUAGACUCAAUUCAUUCAAAUCAAGCAACAAAAAUUUAAGCUCCACACAAAUUAAUCUUAGUUUUAAUUUGCUCACUAUGUUCUGGAUCAGCUAACUAGCUUCAAUAUUCAAUUCAACUAAACAGAAGCGAAGCAAAAUGAAUUACCAUGUUCCAGAUUUCGAUAUUCAAAUGGAUGAUGAAGAUGAAUACCCUAUACAUCAUUCAAAGAAACCUUUCACGCAACAAGACGAUGAGAUCAUGGAACUAUUAUGGCAAAAUGGACAAGUUGUGAUGCAAAGCCAAAACCACCGCCAAUUUAGAAAACCGCUGGCACCGGCAACCACAACCACCGCCAGUCGCGUGAUUCCUGAACAUAGAGAGAUUCGAUCAACCGAUGCAGAUAACUACAUGAAUCAACACUUGUUCAUGCAAGAAGAUGAAAUGGCAUCGUGGCUUUUUGAUUCAAUGAAUGAAGUUGAAGAUCCUCCUUUCAACCGUCACGAUUUUAGUUCAGAAACAAUUUUUCAUUCAUCAGCCGGAAGCGCCGGUCAGAAACACGGCGGCGGUGUUAUACAAGCACAAGCCACGGUUCGUGAGUCGGAGUUUGUUCGGCAAUCGAGACCGGCGGUGGUGGCAGCUUCUCGGCCUCCUAUUCAUCCGGCGAGGAAACCGGAGAUGGUGGUGAAUAGAACACAUAAUUUCACGCAUUUCACUAAUACGAACCAAAGCAAUACGAGGAGUGAACCAGGUGCAUCUUCGAGUUCGAUGAUUGCGGCGGGAAGAGAAUCAACGGUGGUAGAUUCAUGUGAUACGCCGAUCAUGACAGCGAAGACGUACGCAGCUUCGAGAUUAUCGGAAACUGUCAGGAGUGCGACGGCGGAGACCGGAUGUGUGAGUGUGAGUACCACUGGUAAAGCGGCGACGACGACGUUGGAUAUGACAGUUACGUCGUCACCUGGUUGCUCUAGCGGGAGUGCUGAACCGGUUCAUAGAGAACCGGAGUUGGACCGUAAAAGGAAGGGACGUGAACCGGAAGAAUCUGAGUUUCAGAGCGAGGAUGUCGAUUUUGAAUGUCGGGAAGAAAAAAAACAACACCGUGGAUCUACAUCCGCAAAGAGAUCCCGUGCUGCAGAGGUUCAUAAUCUCUCAGAGAGGAAGCGUCGAGAUAGAAUUAACGAAAAGAUGAAAGCUUUGCAAGAACUUAUACCGCGGUGCAACAAGUCUGACAAAGCUUCAAUGUUGGAUGAAGCAAUCGAAUACUUGAAGUCAUUGCAGUUACAAGUGCAGAUGAUGUCCAUGGGAUGUGGCAUGGUACCUAUGAUGUUUCCUGGAAUUCAGCAAUUUAUGCCGGCGAUGGGAAUGGGGAUGGGAAUGGGUUUAGGGAUGGAAAUGGGAAUGGGAAUGAACAGACCAGUGAUGCCAUUUCCUAAUAUGUUGCCUAAUUCUCCUUUGCAAACAGCAGCAACUGUAGCUGGUCCUUUUGGACCAAGGUUCGCUAUGCCUCCUUUCCAUGUGCCCCAUGUUCCUGCAGCUGCACCUGAUUCAUCCAGAAUGCAAGCAGAAAAUCAAUCAGAUAACCACCUUAACUCCCUUGGUGCUCUGCCUCCAGAUCAAUCACGCAUUCCAAACCCAAACUUCGCAGAUCCUUACCAGCAAUACCUCGGUCCCCACCAGGUGCAACAAUUAAUGCAGGCAAUGAACCAGCAAAAUGUCAACAGACCAGGUACCAGUGGGAGCCAAGAAAAUCCAGAAAAGCAUUAGUCAGGUUAGAUUAUCCGGCAUCUAGAUACCAUAGCAGCUGCCAUGGUGGUGUAAUGUGCGAGAACUAACAUUUUAGCAGGUCUCAGUAGCAAAAGCUAAUUUAUACACAACUAACAUGUAAAUUAUUGUGGCCCCUAAUUAUUAUUAUUAUUAUUUGCAAAGCUCUCA